AUGAUGCUGGCCACGGAGAUGAAGCGGUCGCUGCCCACUUCGCCCGGUAGUUCACCGACGAGCCAAGACACAGGGAGGAGUGCCAAACGACAGUGUAUCCGUCCUUGUGCAGACCAAGAACACUUGCAAGAACAUAACGCAACGAGUGGACCGACGAGGACUUUGCGCCUGGAGUAUUGGGGACGAACAGACGAAUGUCUUGAGCGCAAAUGGGCUCACAUGGAGAUGGUGGAUGAGUUCUUCGAGUCCAGAGAAGAGGUCAUUCUAGCUACUACACUGAGCAACGAGGAGGUCGUGUUGGAACCAAACAUGUUUCCUUACGACACUCCCAAUGGGAUCGAGCACUGGACGCUGUGGAGUCGGCAUGAAAUGGUGGAUACAGAGAUCGAGAAGUUCGUGUGCAACUGGCUGCGAAAGUACGCCCCUCGCGUGGAAAGCUGGAAUUACGACGAUAACUUGUCACGCUCGAUCAAUAUCUUUCACGUCCAUAUUUAUUUGAAAGGACGAGCACAGCAAACCAAGAUGCAGUGAUGGC